AUGUCAGCGCCGACCACGACCGUCAAGCCAAAGCAAGGCUUCCAUUUCACGUUUCAGAACUACAUUCCAACACAUCAAUUCGCCCAAAAGAGUGAUAAAUGCGCGUUUUAUGUCCUUCAUUCUCUCCCACCGCAUGUCUUUGUCGAUCCAUACGAACUUGAACAACGUUUGCACGACAACGUGGGCGCUCCGUUUCGCGUAUGGGGCGAAACAAACCUCGAGCUGCCUGUUUCGUCUGUCAACGAGGGCUCGUUGGUCCUGUUAGGGCCCCUAAAGGCAGAACAACACGUCGAGCUGCCCUUCCAUGCGCGUUAUGUGCGUCCACAGAAGAAUGCAACACAUGCUACUGUUGUACUCCAAAAUCCGUCUUUAUUGAAGGUUUGCAGCCAGGCUCACACUGAGUACUGGGAGCAGCGAGAUAUUAAAGCUCUAUUUACUCCAUAUGAUUCACCAUUCGACUUUGAGACGUCCAAGAUUACCUUUGACUCCUUCACAUCCAAGGCCAAGCUCAAGGUCCGCAUACCGGCCGGGAACCCACAACACCUCGCCUUUGUGGAGCCUCUGACCGUCAUCGCAAUCCUCCUCGCGACAUACUACAUGGCUCGUGCCAUUUGGCGCGCAGCGUCUCAAUUCAAACCAAAACCUGCCAUCAAAGAGGAUUAA